AUGACCUCGCAAGAUUACGCGGCCUCCGUACAACCGACGUAUUCAACGAACACCAACGCCUACAAUGCCUAUCAAUGGCCCACAGCUAUUAAUGGGAUAAAUACGUUGAAUACGCUUGGAACUUACAAUCCAUACAAUAGUUAUACUACCACGACGACGCAGAUGAACAACGCCUAUGGCGGUGGCAGCCGAAGCGCAUCGGGUGGCAGCACAGGAACGACCUUGUCCGGAACUUCCGCCUCGACCGCCUCACCAUCCCGUGGAUCAUCCUGUGGUGGAGGCGACCAGCAGCUUACCAGUUCUGAACUGGCAAGAAUUCGACGUACCGGCAACUAUGGUUGUGCGAAACCGCCGUAUUCCUACAUAUCGUUGAUAACGAUGGCUAUUCAGCACUCAGCUAACCAUAAGAUGACCCUGUCAGAGAUCUACAAUUGGAUCAUGGACCUGUUCCCCUAUUAUAGGCAGAACCAGCAAAGGUCAGGAAGAGGGUUAGCGAAUUCCAUACUUAUUGAUCGAUCAUCCUGCUUGACCCUUUUUGAACACGCUAGGACCUUAUCUCCCAUUAAAAGACGUCGGAUUUUGAAACCCAUCAUGAAAUUCAUUCUUAAAUCAGGAAAUAAUUUUCAGUGGCAAAACUCAAUCCGGCAUUCCCUAUCGUUCAAUGACUGCUUUGUGAAGAUUGCUAGGUAA